AUGUGGGAAGUAAAGGCCUUGGCUUGCCUGGAUCUGCAGAGUGUGGACGACCUGCGAGCAGCCGAAGGCAGCGCAGGGUCCGGUCCGGAGAUCCAGCGACUCGGCGUCUGGCAUACGAGCCGAACUAGCCUCUCACAGGCGUUUGUUUCUGAGGGCUCGGUGGAAGGAACGCGAGAGCAAGUCCUACAACGGCUCAUGGACCCGGCUGUGAUGAAGAUGAUGACCUGCCACAGCCGGUACCUUCUUCAGAUGGCCAUGGCAAUCGGCGAUCGGAAGGAGCGGGUACUGCAACCCGUGAUCCAGAUUCUAGAUACCGAGUUCAUGAUGAAUAGAGUGCUCUGUUGGCUCGUCACGCAGCCGGGCAACAGUGUCGAGUCUUGCCGCCUCAUGGGAGAUUUGCCUGAUGCGGACCCCGUACCUGCGGAGGCCCCGGUGGCAGCAGAGGGCCCGGAGGAGGAGGAGGAGGAGGAGGAGGAGGGCACCCUCGCCGGGCCCUGCGCCUUCGAUGGGGGCCCAGGCUUGCCAGAAGGGGAGCUCCAAUGCCGCCCGAAUACUCCAGCAAGGAGCAUCGACAGUGCAGACCUGGUUUUGGCAGACCCGGGGCCACUCUGGUCGUCGCUGCACCGCAGCUUUGCAGAAGGUGCCGGCCCCGCCACGCCUCUUCCGGCGCGCAGUUGCGCACAGCUCCUGCAGAUGGCGCGAGAGAUGUAUCGCCAAAAGCUUUUCGACGAGUCGCAGCAGCUGUUGCUGACGGAGGCUGCUCGUGAGCUCUUGGGCGACGGCUUGGACCACUUCGGCGAGGCUUGGAUGCAGCAGCAGCUGUCGGUGAUGCGCAGCAAGCAGGUUGGCAGCCUCGACCCGCGGUCGAAGAGGGAGUUGGAGUCCCCGAAGUUCAUCCGCUCCUUGCAGGCUCUCUUUGACCUCACCACGCGGCAGGUCAUCACUCGUGACCGACAAGGAAAGUUGCCGACGCGGCUCAAGGUCGUCAAAGCCAAGCGAUCUGUCAACCUGGACGCCUAUCGCGCCUACUAUGCCCGCCGAGCAGAGAUCGAACAAGCCCUGGCACAGCCUGCUCCUGGCGCGGAGACUGCGACGCGCCUGGACGACUGCCUCACCAUAGGGCCAACCGGCUGCUACCUCAGCCGAGAGCUGCGCCUGAUGCAAGGGGUUUGGCUGGACGCCGACACUGGCAGCCGUUGGCUCAUCGACGGUGACCAGGUCUACCGGGUGCCCGUCCUCGCAGCACAGCUCCUCGAUCCGACCAAGGCGGCUGCUAUCCACGACAGUGAGGAUGUGCAGCAGCUGCGGCCGGUCCAACAGCCUGUGGUCGUCUCGGUGGAGGUAUCCGGCCCGGCAGAGAUGCGUCCUCGGGUCCCUCAGUUCGCACGAGAGAUCCGCAAGCGGGCGAAGGAUGACGAGGACUGCGAGGAGAACCCUCAAGACAAGAUGCCCGUCAAGGCGACGUACCACGGAUGGCUGGAUGAGUCAGGUAUGCGGGUGACCUGGCGCUGUGAGAAGACGGCGACCUUCUUCUCCUGGGAAAGGGAGACAAACUUCCAGGGCAUUUGGCGCAUUGCGGGGAGCUAUUGCUUGCUCAUGCACGUCGACGCCUUCCGCGAGGGGGCCAAACAUUUGGACAGUCGGAAGAGCCGGUUGGGCAAGGUGUCGCGAUCACGUCGAGGUGAGGCGUGGUUCGACCGAGAGGUUCAGAAGCUCUGCGAGGAGGGCCGCGACUGCGGAGAGGCGCAGGCACCAACUUUUCUCAUGCACCUCGUAGGCGAGCUGUUCCCGAUCUGGACAGAUAUGUCACCGAACAUCAUGACCUUUCGGUCUACGACCUUCAAAGGCUUCGUCGACUAUGAGGGCUCAGAAAUCUGCGCAGAGCCAAUGUCCGAAAGCGAGCGGCCCCGGAUGUCCGCUUUCCGGCCGAGGAGGACGCUGCUCGGCCGUCGCACUACGCACGUGGUGCAGCCCUUUCUGUCCAAGACCUGGGGAUACCGCGAGUCGGCGACAGUUGAUCUGAGUGCAAAAGAGCUCAACCUCAAGUCCAACGAGCUUUGGCUCUUUCAUGGCACCCGUGAGUCAGCUGCAGAGUCGAUCACGGAGAACGAAUUCCAGUUGAAGAUGGCGGGCACAAACCGUGGGACCAUGUUUGGCCCGGGGAUCUACAUGGCCGAUGCGGUCACGAAGAGCGACGAGUACACGGAACCCGAUCCGACGGGACUUCGGACGAUGAUCCUUUGUCGCUGCACCAUGGGCCGAGCAAUCAAGCAGUUUGAGGGGGGGCGCGAGUGCAUGAAGGCGGCUGAGAGGGAGGUCAUAUUUUGCGGCUUUAGGGGUUGGGUUUGGGCCGCAUGA